AUGCCGGAAGCCGCGCAGCCACAGCUGCAGUCGCCCUCGGCCGGUGUUGUGAAGCUUAGCAGUCCCAGGGGCUCUAAGCGCGUGUGUCCUGAGAGCCCUGUAAAGAACAACAAGGCCUCCACGGCUCCAAGUGAGGUGCCAAAUGAUGACAGCUCCGAGCUUGAGGUCCCAAAGGUUCUCAAAUCCGAAACCCUGGAUAAGCUGGAGAAGGAGAAGAUCAAAAGGAUCGUUACCCCCAAGAAGGGGUCGGGGAAUUUGGAGGUUCCUGAGGACAUCUUCGACAUGUGGAGGGAUGCUGCUAACGGGCGUCAGAAAAUCUUCCAAAUGUGGGCGAAGUCCGGAGGGGCCGUUUUCAUCGACACCAUCACUGUCUUAUCCAAGACUACACGGAGCAAGAAACUUGAAGUCAAGGGUGGCUUCUACAGCAAGGAGGAUAUGAAGGUCGAGCUUGGGUAUCCCCAGCUUCCUACCUGA